UUGGCUCUGAGAGCAACAAGUCAACACAUUUACACUCCUAUAUAAACAGCUCAGGCCAGCGCUGCCUCCGACUUUGUUUUCUUUUUCUCAUUUCUGCACAGGAAAACAAUCCAAAGCAUCAUGAAUAAACUGCUGGUCGUUACUGUGCUGGUUGCACUUCUUGCUGUCAACACGGAUAGCUUUCGUUUGAGAAGGCAAGUGGCAGAGGAGGAAGAGGGAACGCUGACCAAGAUCUCAGGCGCUGUCAAGUCCUACUACAACAGCGCCGUGGACACCGUCAACGGAUACGUGGACAGCAUCAAAGGCCUGAAACUCGAGGAGAAAGCAAAGAAUCUUUACACCGAAACCAGUACAGUUGUGAGCACCUACGCCGGCAUAUUCCAAGACCAGCUUUACCACUUUUUCCACCACUAGGAGAAGAAAGUACAAAACAAAUAAAUAAAUAAACUCUUUCAAGAGCAUAGCACUGCUCAUCCUGCACAUGAAAGUGUCUCCAUACCAUUUGACACCUUAACGUUUGGUACUCAUCACCAAACGGAGCCUCACAACUGAAAUAGUGGACAAUGUGCUUUGUAUAGUGCUUUUUUAAACCACUGAACUCAUAUUGGAGACAUCCUGACUACACAACCUGCCUAGAGGAAAUGGAUGGCCAAAUGUGGUGAGCACACGGGGCACUCAAUGUCCUGCAGAUAAUCUCACGUCCACUUAGAUGUAUUGAAUUCCCUCAUAAUUUACUUAAAUCGGCCAUCCCACCCCUCGAUGAGUGAAAUGUUUGUGUCAUAUCUUGAAAUAAAGUAUUUAUACAAAAAAG